GGCGGACGCCUGGUCGAGGAGCUGCCCCGUUUGUUUGUUUGUUUAAAAUAGCUUUACUGUACCUCCGCCUUUCUCCUUGAAAAGGAUCCCCAGGCGGUUUACAGCAGUGCUAGACGAGAUUUAAAAGUUGAAAACCACGAGUAUACAAACUGGUGUUUUCACACCAUUAAAAGACAAUAUUUAAAACUGCCAACAGUGACUCAGGAGGCUAUGAUUCAAAGCAAAAAAGGAAGGAAACUGAGAUCUGUCAGGCCCUGAGCAGUGACCCUGUUGAUGUUGCUGCCCUCCGGCGGAUGGCCAUCAGCGAAGGGGGGCUCCUGAAGGAUGAGAUUCGCCGCAGAGUGUGGCCGAAGCUGCUUAAUGUGAACACGGAGGACCUGCCACCUCCUCCAGGAGAGGACCUCCGGAAGGACAACAAAGAUUACCAACAAGUGUUGCUGGACGUGAGGCGAUCUCUCCGGCGCUUCCCUCCAGGGAUGCCGGAUGAGCAGAGGGAGGGGCUGCAAGAAGAGCUGAUCGACAGCAUCCUGCAAGUCUUGCAGCGCAACCCACAGCUCCACUACUACCAGGGCUACCAUGACAUUGUGGUCACCUUUCUGCUUGUGGUUGGGGAGAGACUGGCAACGGCCCUGGUGGAGAAGCUUUCGACCCAUCAUCUCAGGGAUUUUAUGGACCCAACGAUGGACAACACCAAGCACAUCUUAAACUAUCUGAUGCCCAUUAUAGACCAGGUGAAUCCAGAAUUGCAUGACUUCAUGCAGAGGGCUGAAGUGGGGACCAUCUUUGCUCUCAGCUGGCUGAUCACCUGGUUCGGACACGUCCUCUCCGAUUUCAGACAUGUGGUGCGGUUGUAUGACUUCUUCCUUGCGUGUCACCCACUGAUGCCAAUCUACUUUGCAGCCGUGAUUGUGCUCCAUCGGUCAGAGGAAGUUCUGACCUGUGAGUGUGACAUGGCUUCCGUCCACCACCUCCUGUCCCAGAUCCCCCAGGACCUUCCGUACGAGACCCUUAUCAGUCGAGCUGGGGACCUCUUCGUUCAGUUCCCACCCUCAGAACUUGCUCGGGAGGCUGCCCAGCAGCAAGCAGAAAGAACGGCCGCUUCCACCUUCAAGGACUUCGAGCUGGCUUCGGCGCAGCAGCGGCCGGACACGGUGCUCCGGCAGCGCUUCCGUGAACGACUCCGGGCUGAAGAGCGGGCAAAGUCGCUUUUGGUGACGAAACCAAGGACCAACCGCUUUGUCAAGCUGGCCGUGAUGGGACUAACAGUGGCCCUGGGUGCGGCAGCUUUGGCCGUGGUGAAGAGCGCCCUGGAAUGGGCCCCCAAAUUCGAGUUGCAGAUAUUUCCUUGACCAUCAAGGAGGAUGUUCCCCUCUCUCCUGUCCUGUCUGUCCUACAGCCUGAGGCAGGAGGGGCCCUCCCUGUCUGCAGAAGGCAAAUGGGACUUGAACGUGUGUGUGUUUUCCUUCCUGGCACGCACACACACUCACCCCUCAUCCCCCAGUCUGGAGCCUGCCUUAGAACUUCACGCAGCCCAAGUUCCGCCCUGCUUGGACGCUGCUUUCUAGCCCGAGGCCUCUGCUCUCGUCCUCCCUGAGCAUCCAGAAUCUCUUCCUGACUUGGAGGAGAGAAGGGUCUGCCUUGGGCCACCGCGGGGUUGGACCACCUCAGUUUUGCAGUGCUUCCGGCCCACUUAGUGGGCCUGUGAACUGUGGCCACUCCGUGAUGUUUCCUCCACCCCUCUGGCGGCUGGGUGAAAUGAGAGAGGAGAGGGAAACACUGAAGAUUUUCAGGGAAAAGGCGGAUGGUUCUACAGGACUGGCUGAAAUGGGGUGAAGGAAGAGGUGACUGGGAUAAGGUUUUGGAGGGGGUUUCCUCCCGCAGUGAUUUCCAUCCCCAAAUGGUACAGCUUGGGAAUACGGUUUGUGGCGAGUGCAGAAAACCCAACGGCAAGCAGCUCACAAGAUCCCUGCUUUUGAGUCCUUGUGGAAACAAAUCCCUGUGCCGUCAGCUCUUCAGUCUUGUAAGCAAAGGAUUCUGUUUGGUCCUGCCAAAGCUGUGUCUGCCAGCUAGCUGGCCUGUUACGCAGCUCUUUCUGUGGGCCUGGACUGAACAGGAGCAUGUGAGCAAGGUCCGGUGAGUUUUUGCACCUUGUUCCAGAGUCAUUUCAGUUGCACUUUCUUCCAUCUUACCAAAUCAGUAGCAUCCCCUUUUUUUCCAGUCCAAAACAGGGCAGGGGAAUGAUUUUCCUGCUGUGACGUUUAGCCGGCGGCAGGACCAAACUGCCUGGCAUUGAAACUCGCUCUUUAAAUACUAUCUUAACCCACUAACAGAAAAUGGACUUUGUACUGUCCUGUAGGAAGGAUUCUCCUCCUCCCAGGGACCCUCUCACGAAACCGAAAGCCCCUUGUACUCCAUGCAUAACGCCCCCCCAUACACCGCUACCUCCUUCCUCUGCUACAACCCCCCCCUCCCACAAGUGCCCUUACCGAGCCCACACCACUGGCCGCUGAUUCUUUGAUGACUGGUGUGUUCUUGGCCUUCACUCAGCUAAAGCAGGAGAAAUAGCUUUGGGAAGAGACCCAUCCCAAGAAACAAGAAAGGUCACUCUUGGUGGCCCAAGCACGGAUCACUUGACUUGGGCGGCUGGGCACCAAGAUGCUGGACCUCUGUGGGCUGCAGUGACCUUAACGCCUCCUGAAGCAGCUGAAACCUGAGCGUCGCUUCUGCUGUCUGCUCCAGGCUGGAAGCUGAACAGCUGCUGUUUUUCAAGGAUAGCCGCAGAGGAAGUCAUAGUGCCUGAAAGACCAUCAACAGCUUGCAUGGUAGAAAGAAAAAUCCUAGCUAUAGUGCAUGCAUUUUCUUUGAGUUCUUGCUGGAUCUGGUCAUGAACUGGGAUUGACCUGCCCAGGGAACAAGGUGACCAAGGGAGGGAGAGAAAAAUGCCUUCCCCAGUUCCCUUUUGCUUGCUAGCUCUUCUCUUUGCAAGCCUGGCCCUGGCAGAACCUGGCCCUCUCCCUCUGGCGGGCUUCCGCCUGUUGUUCCUGUCGAGACAUUCAACGAAAGGCGUCUUUCCUCAGAUCGGCACCUCUGAUGGAGCAAGGCCGUGGUGAAAGGGAACUGUGCCCGCCACCUUCCGCCUGUCGCCCUGGAGCCAGAAGUGGCUCUUUGGAGCUCCCCUGGAUGCAUGCACAAGGUCCCCUCGCAAGGAAAUGUCGGGAGCAGCAGCAUUUGCUAUGAGCAAGGGGUUGGGGAGGGACCGGAAGGGCCUGAGGACAGGCUGCAAGGUCCCUCUGGUGAAACAGGGAUGUGAAAGAGCAAUAUCUGCAAGGAGGGAGCACCCCUGUGUCUUGAGGGCGUCAGAAGGGAGAAAGGCGGGCAAGCUGCUGCUUUUUUUAAAAAUACUUAAGCACUUUAUGAAAACCAACGCAAAAAGGGGAAGCCCUUGAAAAAGGCUCAGCUAGCCCUUGUUCCAGUUUUCUCACCUUGGCAGGAGAUGUUAAGGGCAUCUUUCACACUCCCCGUGUGAAGUGUAAAAAGGUCAGCAUGUGCCGUUCGGGUCUGAACCUUUUCUGGGGGCAUCGACUUCAGCCGUGAGUAGCAAAACAGAGUUAAGACAAGAGACGCUGCCCAUCUCCCUUGGUGGUGGUGGUGGGGGCUCCCCUGAUUUUGGGCUUCCUGAAAUGGAAGAGAGUCCAUUUCUUCCAUCGGGAUUGCCACCAAGUUAGAAAUGAGGGGAGAAACCUUAACCCAGAUAUUAGCAGGCUUCAGAAACCACUACUGCAGUCGAUAGGAAGAACUGAAACUGGCAUGGCUGUGGAGAAGGGAAAGUUUAUGGUUUUUGUUAAGUCAAAGCCUGUAAACCCAUCUAUAUACAGUCGCCAGAAUAUAGUGGUGAAAGCUUUUUUUUCUUUUUUUGAGGCUGCCCCAAAUGAAGUUUGAAGGAUUUCCUGUACUCUCCCUCAAAAGAAAAAAAAGGAGACGCCUGUUACAAGGUAGUGUUUUCCCAAUGGGACUGUUUUUUCCCUUCUGUAUGGAGGACCCGCAGUCCAGGAAAAACUUAGCAUCUUGAUUUUGCCGAUUCUACAACCUGACCUUUCUUAGCGGAGUGUCCCUGUUCAUCUCGACACUCGGUGAGAAGCUCUUCCUGCACAAUGGUCAGAAAGGGAAAACUCCUACAGAUGGAAAAUCAGAGUGGAGGUUCUGUCCUAAGAAGGGAAGCCCUAAAAGCUUGGUCAGUGUCUUCGAGCUCUGUGUGUCCCUGCCCCCCCCCCCCGAGAGAGGUACUGCGUACCUUCGUAGGCUGGCGACAUGGACAGCCACCUGAUUCAGCUGUUUUCCCCCAGUUGCCAGCUGGCCCGUUGCUCAAGGAGACUGGGAAAACCAGUCUGCAUCCGGUGCCUGCCGUCUUUCACCGCAAAUAGAUGGUGUGGUGGGCAAAGCCUCCAAUCAUCACGUGGCUUUUAAAUCAAAGAGUUCCCGUUCCCCACCCUGUUAACACAGACAUGCAUAGUUGGGUCUCUCUUGCAGGGGCGUGGGAUCGCCCAUCGCUCCAGCAGCUCUUUGUGUGUCCCCCCCCAAAAAAGUGCUUAACCACUCCUGUUUGUGCAGUUGUGGGCAGGUUUACUGGUUGCCCUGCUGGGCCCCCCAACAUAGGGGGCAAGAGGGAGCUCAACUGCUGGUCGUGACUUGGCUGUUAGCAGCCUGCAAUAAUCGCUAUGGUGACGAAAAGCAAUCUGCAUCCUGGAAAAGGAUGCUUGCCGUUUCUCAAGGGAAGGUGAAAACCUGAGUUCUGGCCGAAGGCCCAUUCAACUGUUCGUAACUCCAGGGAGCUUGAAGCACUGGGGCAGGAAAAGGGUGACGGCCCCCCUAAUGUUUUCCGUCUUUUUAGGGGGGCAAAUGAGCAGCUCCUCCCCUGGUGCACUGAGAGUGUGCUGAUGGUUUUAACUCCUCUGUAUAGUGUUAGGGACAAACAGAAAAUUCCAAUUUGUACAGGGCUUGUAAUUGUGUAAAAAAAAAAAAGAAUAAAUGCUAUAUCCUCUUACUAAA